CCGGAUAUCACGUGUUUUCGCUGACUCGGCACCGGUCGUGUUUUUUCGGCUCAAAUUCAGCACCGGCGUGUGACCAAUUUAAACCCCCCCACCCAGUGAGACCAGUAUGUAGCCUUGCAGGACUGACUGGGCUCACCGGAACCGAACCAGUAAGGAGCCACUGGGAGAAGCGGACCGCGACCAGGCUGCAGACUCUCAGACUGAGCGACCAUGUGGCGCUUUCUGCUGCUGCUGCUGCUUCACAGCGUGGAAGCUGUAGUGGCGUCUCAGUGCCGGCAGGGGGCGACCUUCUCCGAGGCGGUGGUGUCUCCGGCGGUGGAGAGCAGCAGUAUCCUGCGGGUCCCCGGUGUGGCGUCUCUGCUGCAGUGCGUGGCGGCGUGCUGCGACCUGCCGGGUUACGACCUGGCCUGGCUGUUCGAGGGCCGCUGCUACAUCCUGAGCUGCCAGCAGAGGGAGAACUGCCAGCCCCGACAGAGACCCGGGGCCGACUCGGUCCUCGUCUUCCUGCGCAGAGCGUCGCCACAGACGCUGGUGCUGCAGUCUUUGGUGAGAGGAGAGCCGUACGGCCGCCGCUGGAGGCCCCUCUCGCGGUCCUCUGAGGCCCCCGGGGACCUGGAGGCCCUGAAGGACCUCGCCCUGUUCGACGGGCCCCGCCAGGACUUCGCCGACCCCGGCGUGCUGGAUGUGGACUAUUCAGAGGGAAGCCAGGAGGAGAGGGGAUGGCCCGGCUCGGAGGUGGAGACGAUGACCGAUCAGCCGUCCUUGAAGGGACGAGACGGGUUCAACCAAUCAGAGGCAGGGGAUGGUCCAGAGAGGGGGCCGACAGAGAGCAGCGUGGCCCAGAAUAGAACCUCCUCUGGGGGGAACAGCAGUCAGGGAGACGAGGACAAAACCAGGAGUCCAACUGAUCCUGCUGCUGCAGAGAAAACGACCGAAACGCAAAGCAGCACCGAGUCGACAUCACUGACACCAUUACUGCUACAGAAACCAACAACUGACUCCGCCCAACAGGACCAAAUAAGGACUUCACUUCCCACCGCUGCCACGCCCCACUGGCCAAUCAGCACAUCCAUACAGCCAGAUCGACCCCUGAUGGUGUCCCUUGGAAACCCUGUAGAGCGGAUGUUGCCCGCAGUUAAAUUUGAUGCUUCAGUUUCUCCUGAACCCACAAAUGUCCUGGUGAAGGCGUUCCAGUCAGCAGCCGGAGCGCCACAGACCACCACCCAACCCCAGGCCAGAGCCAGGACCUCUGACCCCCCCACCACCACCACCACCUCAACUCCCAGCACCAACCCUCCAACCGUGACCGUGCCCUCUGCUACGACCGCUGCAGAGUCUGUAUCAGAGGUCAGGGGGUCAAACCGGGGCCCGGUGGCCGUCGUGGGUCCUGACAGGAAGUUGUUCCUUCCGGUGAGCAGCUUGUCGCUGGACGGCAGCGGAAGCACCGAUGACCGCGGCAUCGUCAGCUACCACUGGGACGCCGUCAGCGGCCCCCCGGGGUUAAAGCUGGAGGGAGUAGACCAGGCAGUAGCCACGGCGACAGGCCUUCGGGUGGGACGCUACACCCUCAGACUGACUGUCUCUGACCAGGAGGGGGCGACAGGAAGCGCUUCACUGACUGUCAGGGUCCAGGAAGCCAGAAGUCUUCCUCCCGUCGCUCACGCCAGCGGCAGCCACACUCUCGCUCUGCCCAACAACUCUCUGGUCCUCCGAGGCUCCGUGACCGACGGAGACCAGACAGAGGUUCGCUACCUGUGGGUCAGAGACAGCCAGAGUCCUGCUGCUGGGGACGCGCUGUACGGCUCGGAGACUCAGGCCUCCCUGUACCUGGCCAACCUGGUUGAGGGCACCUACCUGUUCCAGCUGAGGGUGACGGACGCUCAGGGGCGCUCCUGCACCGCCACGGCCACCGUGGAGGUCCGACCAGAGCCCGGCGGUGGGGAGGAGGUGGAGCUGGAGAUGUUGGUGUCGGUGUCUCAGGUCAGCGUGGCUCAGAGGGACACGGUGGUCCGACAGCUCGCCGCUCUGCUCCACGUCCUCGACGGCGACAUCCAGGUCCGAGCGCUGCAGGGACACUCGCACCUCAGCACGGUGUUGCGGUUCUCGGUACGGGGCCCCUCGGGGCCGAUCUCUGGCUCCAGGCUGGUGGGUCUGCUCAGAAACCAGCUGCUCAGAGAGAAGAGCGACUACCUGCUGUUCAGAGUCCUGAGAGUCGACACCGUCCUGUGCUUGCUUCGCUGUUCGGGGCGUGGCCAGUGUGAUCCAAUCACCAAGGAGUGCACAUGCGACCCCUUCUGGACGGAGAACCUGAUUCGGCGUUACCUUGGAGACGGAGAGAGCAACUGCGACUGGAGGGUGCUGUACGUCAUCCUGACCAGCUUCAUGCUCGUGGUCUUCAUCCUGUCCGUCGGCUGGACCGUCAUCUGCUGCUGCAAGAGGAGGAGGCAGACCAAGGUGAGGAAGAAAACCAAAUACACCAUCCUGGACAACAUGGACGAACAGGAGAGGGUGGAGCUCAGACCCAAAUUCAGUAUCAAACACCGCAGUACAGAGCACAACUCCAGCCUGAUGAUGUCCGAGUCAGAGCUGGACAGCGACCAGGACACCAUCUUCAGCCGGGACCGACCCGUCCGCAGCCGGAACCGGCUCAGCGCUCAGGCUGCCCGAAAUGGAAAUGCCUUUGGCUGAUGGGACAGCUCGUUUGGGACGUUUGCGCUCUGGCAGCCCCAAGCGGCAGCGAGAUUUAACUUCUUAAAGUUUGAAGGACUUCAUUACCCAGAAAUCCUGUCCCAUUUCAGGGUCAAAUUCCUUCGAAGGAGAUGAGGACUUGCGGACCUGGGGGACAAACCUGCGACUCCUUACACAGGAAAAUAUAGGUUGUAACAUCCAAAUUUGAGCAAAAAAGCGGGAUACUUGGAGGAUUCUUUAUAAUAGGACAACCCCGAUACCCUGCGUUGGCAUAUUCAGCCUUGAAAUGCAAACUUCUAAGAAAGGAUUCGGGAAAUCGUUUUCCCCAGAGCAAGAUGAGAAGAUGGAUUGUUUCAUCUCUUUCGUCUAGUGCAGAGGUAGGUCCAUUAUGGGGUUAGCCUAGCUUAGCACAAAGCCUGGAAGCAGGGGAAAACUGCUAGCCUAGCUCCAAGUCUGUCUGAUUUACAUUUUGUAUCUUGUUAGCUAACACGCUAGUCACCAAUCCAUCCAAGAGUCAGCUGGGUUUAGCUGACUACAGCCAGCCCUAAGCUAACGGGACCUAAGCUAACUCAGAGCUCAUUGGACUUAGAAACAAAUUCUAAAUUGACUGGCCUAGAAGCUAGCUCUAACCUAAGCUAACCAGACCUAAAUUCAUUCCUUUAUCUCAAACUUAACAAAUUGUUAGCGUUAGACUUAACUAUCCAGUACUUAUUGUUUUGACGGAUGACAUGUGCUUGUUAAAGACAAAAAGAAACUUUAAUUUCACUGUCAUUACUUAAAGUCCUUGGUGUGCAGUUUACAAUGUGUUUAGCCUAGCUUAGCAUAAAGACUGGAAGUCUUUCUAACAAUUCCAAAUAUGUCUGAUUGUCAUGUUGUAUCUUGUUAGCUAACAAGCUACUCACCAGUCUAUCCAAGAAUAGUUUUGUUGACGAGAGCCAGGGGUCAUGACCUGGAAGCUAACUUUAAACUAACUCUAAUUGGCUCCCAAAAGGUAACUCUUACUUAACUAGGCUAAGAAAACUUUAAGCUAAGCUUAUUAUUGCAUCUUCUAUCCAGUAUUUACUGAUGUCUGCUAAACCAUGACCUUGUCAAACACAAAAAGAAAAUUUCAAUGUCAUUGCCUAAAGGGAGUCCUUGGUGUCCAGUCGAGGACACAUUUAGCCUAGCUUAGCACAAAGACUGGAGGCAGGUGGAAACUGCUAGCCCAUUUUCCCUAGCACAAGAGAAAAUAUCCUGUCUGAUUAGCAUGUUGUAUCUAACAAGUGUAGUUACACAUGUAAAAAGGAGACAUUGUGGUUUUAGCUUAAGUUAGCAGUGGAGCUAUUGGGUGGACUGGUAACUAGUUUGUUAGCAAACAAGAUACAACAUGUAAAUCAGAGUUUUUGAAAGGUGUUCGUUGUCCAAUCUUCUUUGUUUUUCAGUAGUUUGAAAGUUUUCUAAGCUUAGAUUUAAGUAAUGUGAGCUCUUCUGUGCUUGUUUACUGUUAAAGGCACUGACUGCUACGGAGGUCCUUAAUUCCAAAAAGAUUACAUUUUUAAUAUUAGCACCAAAAUAAUAACUUUCGACCAUGCAAAUUAUCAUCUCGUUACAUAAAAAAAAAAAAAAAUCACAAGAUGUAAUACACAAUUUAUCUCUUUAUUAAUAUCUAUAGUCAGGAAUACAAAAUUUUGCUUUUUCACAUUAACUACGACUACAACAGUAUAUUACAAUUAAGACCAGUUUCACAUUAUAUUAGAGACAGAAACUGUCGGUACAGAAACAGUGGACGGUGGAAAUCAGAUACUGUUGCGACAUAUUUUACUUCAUCACUCUUCUGCACUGGCGAAUACGGGCCCUGGUUAGCUUGAUCUGACAUAAGCACAUAAACUCAGUGUCCACUUUAUUAGGUACACCUGUACAGUCUCUAGCAGAACAGUUGUAUUCGAUUUUGUUAAACACCUCAAUAUAAUGUAGUCUAACACCACCUUUUAAAACUACGACCUUCGUAAAGGUAGAUUUUAUGGCAGGUUGUUGUAUUGAAUUGCAAUUGAUUGUGCAGGUGUACCUAAUAAAGUGGCUACUGAGUUUUUGUCAGUUUUAUAAAGCUGGCUUAAAAUGUUUCUGAACAAGGUGCAUCUCAGUUAAUCAAGACAUCUUUAUCUCUGAACAGCGAGAUAUGUAUCUCGUAAUUAUGCGAUCUUUAUUUUAAAAACGGCGAGGUCCGUUCUCCUAAUCCCAAGAUUUUAAUCUCAUAACGACGAGGUAGGUAUCACCAAAUUUCGAGAUCGUUAUUUCCCAACGACACGAUCCGUACUCCUAAUUACGACACCUUUUAUAUGAUAACGACCAUUAUCGUAAGCCAGCUUUAAAACCACGACAACCCCCGGCUCGUGUCAAAUAAAGGUGACCGUACUUUGUGCUGCUCAAGGCUGAGUAACUCAACAGUGUUGAAAGUUUCUAGCCUGUUAGACCACUGUGACAUCACUGCAGCCAGGUGAGACGUUAAACCACUGGAGGUCAGCAAAGACAAGACUUACAGGUGGUAAGUUAAUCUUUAAUAAACCUAAAUUGCUCAACACUGUACGAAAUACAAAAAACAAUUGACAUGGCACUUAUGACGUUGGCAACCAUAAUUUUUUUUAGGUUCAGAAAAACAGCUUCUUGUGUUUAAACCAAAAUCUACACAGUAACAAGGUAUUUAUUAAACUACAAUAAUUAAUCGCCAUACAGAAAUGUGUUUAAUGUUCCACAAGACAAAUAUGCUGUUAAGUUUUGUAGAAAUGACACAUGCCCGUAAGUUCUUAAAAAUGGCCGAAUCGCGAUACUUAAUUUUUAGACCCAAUUUGAACUUGUAACCCUAUGUGAUCAAUAUGUCACAAGCAUAUUAAAUCAUAAAAAAAAUACAGUUUUUACAUUAACAGGCUUAUUACAGGAUGUUCAAUACAAACAAUGAUUGUGCUUUUUAAUUUAUUUUUAUCAGUAAAUCUCCCUUUGUUAUCACAGCUUCUGUUUUAAAGAUCUAUGUGCUACUGGAGAAAGUUCACUUGUGCGACUCGUUACUAUGUGGGGAAGAAAUACUUUAUUGAUCCCCGAGGGGAAACUCUGUCAGUGAUUAGUAAGAGAUAAUGCUGCGUUUGUCAUGUCUGAGUUAUCGUACUUAUGAGUUUCCGACUUGAAAGCUCAGAUAUGGACGUCUCAAAUAUAAUAAUAGACGUGGUGUUAAAUUGUCACUGCACAGUAUUUCUAAUCCUCACACGACCAACUCCGCAAUCAUACAACCGUCUUAAUGACGUGAACGCGAUUUUACACCAUGGUCACAGAGAAUACUGGAUUCUGAUUGGCUAGAGGGUUCGUUAUUUUUACAUCUCGGCGAUUGUCCAAUCAUAGCUUAGCAACCGUAACUAGGCACAGCAGUUCUGCCCGGCUUUCUCGCUCUGUAAGAAAAGACGAAGAGUGUGGAGGGUCGGGUCUUUUUUUUUAUAUCCUUUGUGUAAACAAAAACAAAGAGCUAACGAGUAAGAAAUGGAUUAAUCCGCAUGUUUAUCUGCUCUAAUGUGAGCUGCUAACGUUAACAUGCCUGGCUAACUAGCUCAUUACCUUACAGCAGUAACCUAGUGUUACUUCUAAGGAUAUUUCUAAACUAAAUUACAUU